GUGAGGCUUCGGCCGUCGAAGUGGGCGUAGGGUGCUGCGCAUGCGCUGUGCGUGUGUGUUGGGACAGUUCUUGCCUCUCCGGGGCGUCAGUCGAGGGGAUGGUGCUGCCAGCCGGGGCGACGAGCACGAAGGGGCUUCUGCGGAGCGCGGUGGUGGGCGCCUCCCUGCCGGCCCUCCUCUCCCUGCUGCUGCUGCUCUGCUCGCCCCACGGCGCCUGCUGCCUGCCUCAGGGGCGCAAGUCCGGCGGCCCCCCGGUUGUGCUCGUGCCUGGGGAUUUUGGUAACCAGCUAGAAGCCAAGUUGAACAAACCUUCUGUGGUGCACUACCUCUGCUACAAGAAGACUGACAGUUACUUCACAUUGUGGCUGAACGCAGAACAGCUUGUCCCUAUUGUUAUUGACUGCUGGGUAGAUAAUAUCAGGCUAGUAUACAAUCGAACUACUAGAGCCACCGAGCCACCAGCUGGAGUAGAUAUAAAAGUUCCUGGAUUUGGGAAGACGUUUUCCUUGGAAUUCCUUGACCCCAGAAAAGAAAGCUUUGGCAACUAUUUCUACGACCUGGUGGAGAGUCUGGUGUACUUGGGCUAUCAACGGGAUGAAGAUAUCAGAGGUGCUCCCUAUGACUGGCGGAAGGCACCAAAUGAGAAUGCAGACUACUUCAUGGCCCUCCAGAAGCUGAUAGAGAGCAUGUAUGAAGAGUAUGGCCAGCCGGUGGUUUUGAUCGCUCACAGCAUGGGGAAUAUGUAUACUCUCUACUUCCUCAGCAAGCAGCCUCAGGACUGGAAAGACAAAUACAUCAGAGACUUUGUGUCUAUGGGGGCUCCAUGGGGAGGAGUGGCAAAAACCUUGCGUGUGCUAGCAUCGGGUGACAACAACAGGAUCCAUGUUAUCAGCCCCCUGAAGAUCAGAGACCAGCAAAGAACUGCCGUUUCAACCAGCUGGUUGCUCCCUUACAACUACACGUGGCCUCCCGACAAGAUCUUCCUCAGCACACCAACCGCAAACUACACUCUCCGGGAUUACCGCAAGUUCUACCAAGACAUUGGCUUUGAAGAUGGCUGGUACAUGAGAGAAGCCACCGAGCCCUUAGUCUACGAGAUGCGUCCUCCUGGGGUGCAGAUGCAUUGCCUUUAUGGCACCGGAGUGAAAACCCCCGACUCCUUCUUCUAUGGCAACAACUUCCCGGAUGAGGAGCCGAAGGUCUUCUAUGGAGAUGGAGAUGGAACAGUGAACGUGGAAAGUGCCUUGCAGUGCUGGAAGUGGAAGGACCGCCAGAAGCAAGACGUGACGCUCUAUGAGCUACCAGGAAGCGAGCACAUUGAGAUGCUCUCCGACCACCUUGCCAUUAAUUACAUCCACAAAGUACUCUUGAGCUCGUGAUACCACGCAGAGCACCCUUUUCCUUCAACACUUGAGGGCCUUGAGGGGGGAAGGCAGGCUGGCUCUUUUGGACCCCUCUUUUUAAAGCCUGUUAGUUUGGCUUGUUGGGCCUUCUUGGAAAGCUAUUUCGAUGUCAAUUGAUGGUCAUGUCUCUUGGGGUAGUGCUCGUAAUACGUGGCGGUGUCUUACAUCCAGAAGGCUGAUCUCAGCUGCAUUUAGGCGAGUCUAGUGCAGUGUCCAUCUCUGUGAAGAAUAUGCUAUGCUCAUUGGUCUUUGGGGGAAGCUUUCUUUGCCACCUUUCUUUAGUUACAGUUACAAAGGAGAGAAUGUUGGGAUGGACUCUGGGACAAUUGUUAGCUCAAGUGCUGGAUCACUGUUCCUGAGAGGAAAGGCUGUAAUUGGGGACAUCACAACUGGAGCGAUUACAAGCAAACCUGGAUUACACAUUGCAUUCGGUUAGCUACAUCCAGUGAGAUGUCUACAAUUCUUGGAGAAGAUCCAGGAUGUCUUGGUGUUCCUGAUAAGAUUGUCUGCCUCUUAAGAUGAACCAGUCAGUUUGAUCCAUGUGUGUGAGCUAGACGUCAAAGACUUUAGGCAGCAAGGUUGUUUUACUACUACUGAAACUUGGCCACCAUCUUGGUGGCCAGCAUCUAAAUAUUGUCAGGCUAGAUGUUAACCACCACCUUAAGGUGGUGGUCUUGAUGUACUCAACUGACACCACCUGAAUGUUUGAUCUUUGUUUUGUUCUAAGGCUACUGCCAUGGUAAGCACUAUUUCAGCAAAAUGUACUCCGGCUGUGAUCCAGGGUGUCUGAAGACAAAGCUAUACUUAUUAUGGUUGAGCAGAAUACCUGUUACUGUAGACUUGUUUCUGCUUUGGAUGGAGUUAAAUGAAUUUGCCAUAAAUCUGGCUCUGCCCAGAAAUCUUGGUGGUUAAAAGGUGGUACUGUCCUCUUGGAGUCUCUUUUGCUUACACUGUAAUACUUUCCUUGGUUCAUUGGACAAAAUCAUGGGGCCCUGUAGAUGCUCGUGUUCUGGUCCAGUACUGUAAUGUGCAACAGAAAUGGAGGGAAGUGUCCUUAGAAAAGGCAGAUAACUGGAACAGGCUGUACAGGUGGCAGGGAGCCCUCACUGGCCCUUUCAGUUGUCCAUGUCAGCGUUUGGGGUCAAGCAUGGACUUUCGACCCCUCCUCACAAUGCAAAUAGAUUUCAGAUCUUGCACAUGUUGCUUCUAAACACCCCAAUAAGAGCUUGCAACCCUCCCCUGUGCUAGUAGGAGUUGCUUCAUGAUUGUCCGUAUCUGGUUAGUGCCUAUGUUGGAACCUUAAACAGCAGGAUAAUGUUGCUCUAUUUGCUGACUUCAUAGGGUACUUGCAAAUACGAGAUUUCCCUUCAGAAUUUUUGUGCCAUAUGCUGCAGUUUGGAGGUCGGAAUGACCUGGGAGUCCUAACUUGAUUUUAAAUAAGUUAUACCCAAACUGGUUCUUUGCAGUAUAGCGGAUGUGGGCCCUCUAGCCAGUUCUAGAAUUUCUCGUCUUUGGGCAUCCUUGUUGGGUGAGCAGAUGAGAGCAAGUGGAAUCCAGUGAUUGGGCAUUUCUUUGCUUCCAGUCGUGUGUAACUUUUUUUGGUAAACAUUUGGCCUCUUGUGCUUUUUUAAACUAUCCAGCUCUUUAAGUUGUGGAUUGUUACAGUACAGCAGUUUUAGCAUCAUAAUAGACCAUCAUAAUGGUCCUAAGUUUAUUUGGUCAUUGACCAGCAAAUGGUCCUAAUGACCCUUCGAGAUGGUUCAUUUAACAAGUAUUCCUUGCCUUGGACUGCACAGUCUCAUUCCUUCAACUUCCCAUUUCUCAGUAAUACGGCAACCAAUUUACACAAUCCAACCGGGCAGUUCCAAGCAGUUGCCGAAAACUCCUGGCAGCUCUUCCUCCAGAUGUGCUGUCCUGCCCUGCACCCUGAACUGCUGCCAGGAAGUGUCUUUGACUCAUCAGCCCAAACCUGUUUUGCUUCCUUAAGCAUAGUUGUCUUGUCUUGUCAAGAGAUUGCUGCAAAUAAGACCUGCCCAACUGGCCCAGUUUCCAAUUAGAGCCUUUAAGUUGGCCUUAAACCUGGUUUCUCCUUGGCUGGAGGACAUUCUCCUAUCUGUCAUAGCCUCAAGAUCUUAUUGUGCUUGGUUUCAGAUGAGUGGGGCUAAACAACUUCUUUUUCCCCUUCAAAGAGUGAAACACAAUCCCUCUUACAUCCAGAGUUAUUUCUUAUUUCUCAGUCUUGGCACAUCACAAGAGUCAUUCUACAAAUCGGCAUGGCAUCAUUUUCACAGCAAGUUCUGAAGUUAGCACACACUUAAGUGCUUGGCAGAAUACUGGUGGAGGAAAACUCCUUCCUGGAAGCAAGGGGUUGCCACUUCUCCAGUGACUCUUCAGCACUUGCUAACACACUUACUAUAUUUUAUACUGCUGUCUAAAACAUCAAUAUGCAGGAUGUUGAACAGUAAUCUAACAGUUCUCUGACCUUGAGGAACUUGCAGUCUAAAUGACAACAGAGGGAGUGGUUAGCGGGAGGUGCCACAGUGACAGGCAAGUGUGCUUGUUUCAGUUACAGUACUUGGGUUUAGUUUCUAUUGGGGAUAAGGGCUAAAGGGUUGGGUCAAAGGCCUCGCCGUGUAUAACUACUGUGCAUGUAUCUGUACCUUGUUGAGCAUGCACCAUUUUGUCUCCUCGUGGCUGGUCACUGAUGUGUCUUGUUGCCACAUCUAGUCAUUCUCUGUUGUGCAGUGCAACGCUGGUGGGCUUGUGUGUGACUCAGUGAUACCAGAAUGUCACCACCUCCUGUUAGUCUUCUCUUUGGUCCAGAUCUGUCUCCAUCCUCUGCUGCCUUGUUGCUUCCAGUUCAGAGACUGUUUACUAUCAGUCCUUGUGCCAACUGACUGCUGUCCAAUGAAUAUGACCGAGCAUUGUCGGGUGUCCUGUCUGUGGUUCUGCUGGUGAUAUGACCGCUUUCCUCUGUCUGCAAAUUUUGGCUCAUCAGAGUAUCGGUGUUUAUAUUGUGGCUUUACAAAAUCCUAUUAAUAAUGCAUUAUUCGGUGUUAAAACUUUGGCUAUAUUUAGCCAUUUACUGUCAUCCUGAUUUAGACUCCAGUUACUUGAUGCAUAUAGCAACCCAGGGCAGAUUGCAGUCAUUUAUAUCCAUUACUUAAUUUCCUCCUGAAUGCUGGUAGGCCACAAACCCAGCAACAAUGUCUUAAAUGCAGUGCAGGCAUCACUAGUUCAUUUGAAUGCCCUGUUGAUCUUGGCCAGGGUCCCACGAAGUGGGUAACAUUCUUUGUGAGACUUGGUUUUUCUCAAAUAGCCUCUCCGAUGUUCCAUUCUAAACUGCUUUUGAAACCGAGGGAGAGUUUAAAGUAGUUCUAUAUAGUUCUAGGGGUCAACCGUUCAGAGUUGUUUAAAAAAAUAAUAAUCAAAUUUCCAAUUCCAUACGCACGCUUCUUAGUGACCCUAAAGCGCAGGGGUAGGCAACCUUGGCUCUCUGGGGGAUGAUGGACACUAGAGUUCAGCAUCAGCUGGAGAGCCAAGAUUGCCUCCCCCUGCUUUGGGGUCACUAAGAAGUGCAUGUCUUUGAUUCCUAGCUGGUAGUGUUGACCCGCAAGAACAUAUCGGGAAUGCAUUUCCAAAAAACUCACCGCUUCACAGAACCUCUUGAAAAUCUCAGCUCUCACAAAUGCAUCCAGUUUUCACACCCAUAUAAUUUCUUUCCCCCCCUGUGUUUGAAAACCAAAAUACUUUCCAAGGACCAAAUGUAUUUCUUCUGGCAAAACGUGGAGAGAGAGAGUGCUCAGUAGGGCUUCAGCCGUUCUUUUUGAAAAUGUGAUGUCACUGCCACGAGGUCACGAUGUGAUUCCCUACAAAGGGGAAACUUCUCCACUGAGCAAUAAUUGCAACGGAGUUUGCAAGCCAAAGUUGAAUUCUUGCCGUUAAGCUAGUUCACGGAGCACAUUGUGUUGAAGACUUUCAAAAAUUCAGGAACUGAAAAUUCCUUUAUUCUCUACUUUUAACAGUAUUUUGUAUAGAAUACCAUAGCCAGGUAGGCUGUGGUAUUCUAUUUUAUACACCUUCUAUUGUUUGUUGUUUUUAUAUACACCUUCUCUGUAUGAAUGAGUUUCGUAGGUUUUUGCAUAUUUUAUUGUCAUACUUUGAUAACACAAUAAAGUUGAUCAAAUACAAAA